AUGGGAAACGAGAAGAACGUGAAGUGGGUUGAAGGCCUGCGAGGCAUUGCCUCAGUCAGUGUCAUCAUGACCCAUCUCACCCGCGCCUGGUACUUCAGAGCGUUUCUGGCCUCCGACGGCGAAGGCGUUGCGCCCAUCCUAUGGCAAAUGCCCAUCUUCCGCGUUAUCCCCCAAGGCCGCAUAGGCGUCACCAUCUUCGGAUUCCUCACCGGUUUCGUCUGCGCUCUGAAGCCGCUGCGUCAAGCCCGCGCCGGCCAGCACAGCGAUGCGCUCACUUCCAUCGCCAAGAGUGCCUUCCGCCGUAUUCCCAGGCUCAUCCUGCCCUCCACCAUCGCUAUGAUCAUCGCGUGGCUGCUUGCUCAGUUCGGUGCCUUCCACGUUGCUCACCGCACCGACGAGGUUUGGCUUCGCGAGGCCAGCCCCAAGGCAUCCGACUCCCUCUUUGGUGCCUUUGUAGAUCUCUGGAACGCCUUCCGUUCCGUCUGGACCAACGGCUACAUGCCGUACGAUGACCAUCAAUGGGCUAUGUUGCCCCUGCUGAAGGAGUCGAUGCUGGCCUACGUUGGUCUGGCUGCCACCAUCUUCAUGAAGUACAAGUAUCGCGUGAUCACCUACUUCGUCAUGUUCUGCUACUUCUUCCAGGACAACCACCCUCUUGUUGAGACGUUCGCACAGCAGCUGUACUUCGCUAUGCUCCUCUGCGACCUUUCGCUUCACCCCAGCGGCCAGGCUUUCAUGGCCAGCAACCGCUUCGCUCUCAACAUGGUCUCGCCCUUCCUCGUCAUCUUCGGCCUCUACCUCGCCUCGUACCCCGCCGACGGCCCGGAGUGGCUCACCUGGUCCCGCCAGCUGAUGGAGAUGGGCCAGUGGCUCUUCCCCGAAGGCUCCGACGUUCCCCGUCGCUUCUCAGCGCUCGGCCUGGAUAUCAUCAUCAUCGGACUGUUCUUCUCGUCUGGCGCGAAGGAGAUUCUGUCCAACAAGUACUUCAUGUGGCUCGGCCGCAACAGCUUCGCCGUCUACCUGAUCCACGGCACGCUCCUGCGCACCGUGCUGAUCUGGAUGCUGUACGGCAUCACUGGCGAGCCGUUCGAGGAGGUCCGUGACGAGGAGGGCAACAUCAUCGGCAACUGGCUGGAGCGUCCCGGCACGUUUGGCUUCGCCAUCGCUAUCCCCAUCUGGCUCGUCAUCGUGUACACUUGUGCACACUUCUGGACUACAUACGUCGACAACUACUGCGCACAGCUGACGCAGCGCCUGGAGAAGUUCGUUUUCGAGGAGGAGGAGAAGUCGAUUCCUCUUGUCUAG